ACUGGAGGAAACUGCAGAGAUGCGGGAAAUGACACAGGGUGAAUGAUGUUUUCCUGCAAGUGCAGACAAAAGUGAGUGUCUGUGUGUGUUUGUGCCUGGGUGGUGCGCAGAUGGAGCUGCACGUUCUAAGUGAGACUGAGAGUGACAGACAACCACUGCUGCAGCAGCAGCAGCAGCAGCAUCUUCCUUGUUGAUAAAAAGGAUGUAACCUCUGCAGAAAUGUGAUGCUGUUGUCUCUUCAGACCUGACUACAAAUGGGUGAAGAGCCAAAAAGAGACAGUCGGCGUGUUAGCAGUUCUUCUUCCUCCUCUUCAUAGUAAGUCCAGGAUGGGUUCUGUUUGGCUCCUUCUUCUUCUUCUUCUUCUCCCAUCCCUCCUCAGAGCCCAGGUGACUCCUGACAUUACAGCAGUCCUGGCAGAAGCAGACAACAGCACCAACUCUAGGACCAACAGCACAAGAACUUCAGACAUCUCCUCCCUCCGACCCUCAGAACCUUCUGGGUUUGUAGCCACACCUUCAGAAGCUCCGACAGAGGAGGAGGAUGACUGGACACCAGCAGAGGAAUACUUGUAUAGUGGAGACGCCUCCACUCUAGAAAUGGCUCGCUGUUCACGGGCUUACAGCUCACCGGGGCUGACUGGAUCCCUGCCUGUCAGCUUUGGUGCCCCACUCCGGCCUGCUCUGGAUGCACUGGCCAGUUAUGCCAACUUCCUUAACAUGAUCUUCCAGGCCAGUGACCUACGGGAGAGCACAGUGCAGGAGGACAUGGAGUGGUACCAUGCCCUGGUCCGUGCUCUCCUGGAGGCUGACGUGCUCAUCCAGCAGGCCUUUCUAACCUUUGAUGCCGAGCCCACAUCCCCAGUGCCACAGCUGGUGCUCCGUGCUGCCCGCAACCCAUCAGCCAAAGUGCAGACCAUCAUUCUUCAGGAUUUAUCCAAGGCCUGGGAGAGCCUGCACCCGCCGGCCCCCGCACCUGACGACAGUUGGUUCAGAAGCUUUAAGUUCUCAAAUUCCGACCAACCAGUGGCAGCCUUGACCAAACGGGUGCUCCUCAACGACCUCAGCACCUUAGAUACACCCAAGUGGGGGCAGGGUGACAGCUACGUGACUAAUCGCAGCGGAGUGCGCUGGGCCAGUGCCCCCUUUCUGGUCUGUAAGGAUGGGUACUUUGUGCCAGGAUGGAUACUCACGCUGUCCACGUCGUUCUAUGGCCUCAAGCCCGACCUGACACCUGAAUUCAGAGGUGUGAUCCGUGUGGACGUAAACAUUCAGGACAUCGACUUGGACCAGUGUGCUACAGGAGACAGCUGGUUUGCCGAUACGCACCAGUGCAAUCGCACCACCAUGGAGUGUGUACCAACUCCAGGUCAAGGCUUUAGACUGGGUCAGUACUGCUGCCGCUGUAAAGAGGGCUACUACAACCCUGAGUUAGUCUCUCAGGACUCAGAUGGUGGCCCUGUGAACGCGAGUGAUGGUGGCAGUACGUGUUACCCGAACAUGCCCAUCUGUCUCCCAUGCUGGCCGGGCUGUAAGAGCUGCCAGGAUGGUGCCCCCUGCUGGGUGCAGGAGGACUGGCUUCUCAGAGCAGCUGUGUUGGCCAUCCAGGGGGUCUUCAUGCUCCUCAUCUUCAUCAGCAUGCUGGCGGCCUACAGGCAUCGUCGCAACAGGAGAAUCCGAGCGUCCGGCCUCCUGCUACUGGAGGCCAUCUUGUUUGGCUCUCUGCUUCUCUACUUCCCAGUCUUCAUCCUGUUCUUCAGGCCGAGCACCUUCAGGUGCAUCCUGCUCCGCUGGGUCAGAAUGCUUGGCUUCUCCAUCGUGUACGGCACAGUCACUCUGAAGAUGCACAGGGUGCUGAAGGUUUUCCUCUCACGUACGGCCCAGAGGGUGCCCUACAUGUCCAGCCUCCACCUGCUGAGGAUUCUGGGAGUGAUGCUGAUGACAGUCAGCUGGUUUCUGUGUGCGUGGACAGUCGGUGUCCUGCAGAACCGUGACCGCAACAUCCCAGUGUUUGUCACAACCACCACAUCAGAGGGACAGGGUUUCAACCUGUGUUACAUGGAUCGCUGGGAUUAUAUGAUGGCUGUAGCUGAGCUUCUCUUCCUGUGCUGGGGGAGCUCCUUGUGGACCGCCGUCAGGCCUGUCCCCUCAGCCUUCCAUGAGCCUCGCUACAUGGGCAUCGCCAUCCACAACGAGCUGCUCCUCUCCUCCAUGUUUCACCUUUUCAGGUUCACCUUUCCCUCUCUGCAUCCUGACUGGAUGCUGCUGCUCUCCUUCACACACACCCAUGUCACCAUCACUGUGACACUUGCCCUACUCUUCAUUCCCAAGUUUCUUCACGUCUCUAAGCCUGGGAGACAAGAGAUUGCAGCAGAGGUGUAUGAGGAUGAAGUGGACCUGCGGCGCACCGGCUCAUACCUCAACAGUAGUUUUCACUCUGCUUGGAGUGAGCGCAGUGUGGACCCAGACGACUUUCGGGAUGAACUGAAGAAGUUAUAUACCCAGAUAGAAGUUCACAAGACGAAGAAGAUGACCGCAAACAACCCUCAUCUCACAAAGAAGCGAAGUUCUCGAUGUGCAAUAGGGAGGUCCAUUAUCAAACGCAUCGCUGAGUUCCCAGAAACCAUGAGCCGACAGUGCAGUCGUGAGGACAGAGAUGGAUCCUUCCACAGUAGAAGUGUUAAUCUGUCUGAAUCGUUUAGGAGAGCCCCAGAUACGAUUAGUAUCAGUUACAAAAGUUCAAUGAAAUCACCAUCACCAUCCAUGCGCAAAUCCCAAAGUGAUCAUCACUAUGUCAAGGAAAGAGAUUCCUCCCAGCGUGACUCAAUGUUAAAGUCAAAUGUUGUGAAGAGAUCCUCCCAGCGAUCUGAGACAGACUCCUUAGAUAUUCCACCAGGUGUAUGUAAGUCAGCUAGUGCCCAGAAUCUGUCGAUUGAUACCAACCUCCUGCAUCCUGAUCACACUAGGCUUCAUAAGUCCUGGAGUCUAACAUCAACUUCCUCUCAUUCUAUUGAAAAUGUAUCCAAGGUUAACAGAGCCAGCACAGUGCUAACAAGAUCCCGGCAGAGCAUUUCCAUUAGUGACCAGACCAGGAGUGCUCUCCAGUCAGAGUCAUUCGACAAGGCUGAGGUCUGUCCUUGGGAAGUAGGGCAAGAACCAUUGGCCAACAAGAACCAGAAGCAUGUCAACUAUGCAAACUCUGAGGACCAGGAGGAAAUAAGGCCACCAUCUCCACAGGCACUUGUCUGUCCAUGGGACCAUUUAUCUGUACAAAUGGCUCCUUCUGAGGAGAAAGGGCUACUUAGUGAAACUGAGUCGCCCAAACCACAACCUCCUGUGUCUGCAAGUGCACCGGGCUCUCCAAGACCAAAGGUCACAAAAGAUCAGCGUGUCUUCUCUUUCCGCACCACCGCCACCGGUAAUUGGCUCUCGGUGAAAACAAUCAUGGGAUCCAUGGACGCAGGUAACAGAUCCAGUAAGGAGAGGAACUUAAAUAAAGAGGACUCGGUCUCACAAAAAAGUCAAGAAAGUGCUUCUACAACACCAAGAUCAGCAACAUCUAGUAGACGUCCAAGUAUGGAAAAGAAGACACUGCAGAAAAGAAGUAUGACAGCAGAUGGGAAACCAUGCCUUGUAAAGCAGAAUGCAGUUAGACUGUCCUCUGCGGAUUCUGCGGACAGAAGUCCCAGAAGGCUUGUGAUUGUAAAAUCUGCUGUUUAUCCUUGGGACAUAGACGAUAUGCAAAAAGAUGGCAAUUAUGAAAAUGUGUUUCUUUCAAGGCAGAACAGCAAACGCAGCAGUGUAAGUUCAUGGGAGACUGUGAGCAGCUCAAGAACUCCUUCAACUCACAGAAGAGGUAGUUAUCGAAUAACACCAGUCUGUAAUGUUUCUCAUGCAGAUGUGUGUCCAUGGGAGGCAACUGGUACUUUGCAGCAAGUAGAAGGAACAAAGAAGCAGCAGAGUAUCAAAGCAGAUAUCUACCCUUGGGAAUCCCAAAUGUCUGAGCACGUAUGUCCAUGGGAAUCUCACGAGCAAGGAAAUGUGAGGAGACAAGGAAGUGAUCGUGGUGAAGUGUGUCCUUCGGAAUCACCAGAUAUUCCUGUUGUUUCUCAUACUCUAUCCAAACAUUCAAAGAGACAACCGUCUUUGCAAUGUAUAGCCGACAUAUGUCCAUGGGAUACAGCAGAAACUCCCCAACCUCCAAUCAGACAAGAUAAUGAAUAUGUUAAUAUUUGUCCUUGGGAUAUUCAGGACAAGGCUGAAGUUGUUUAUGAAAACCUAAAUCCUUUGGAGACCAAGGGAACAUUGACCGUGCACCAUCAACAAGAGACUGUCAAACCUGACAUUCAUCCUGCAUUGGUAAAUAAUGAGAAACAAUGCCAAGCACAAUCACCUGCCUUUGACUGGGGUAAACAAGUGACCAAGACAGCUGACAGUUGUCCAUGGGAUUUCCCUGAGCCUCCUAAAAUUGUGGAAGAGGGAAGUUCAGAGCAUACACAUAUAGACUCAUCCUCACAAAUGACUAUCAAGGUAGAUAUUUGUCCCUGGGAUACUGGAAAUCAGGACAAACCAGAAGACACUCAGCAGGUUGCCACACCCUUGAAAGCUGGUAUAGAAAGGUUGGUACAGUCUGAGGAGGAAAACAAUCAAAGAGUAUGCCCCUGGGAAACUGAGCCCCAUGAAAAAAGUGCGGCUACCAACACAGGUUCCACAGGCCCAGAGGGACCAGCAGAGAUUUGUCAAUGGGAAACUGGGGAACCACAAUCAAGAAAGACAGAGACUCGGGGAAAUGUGUGUCCAUGGGAAAGUGAGGAAGCAGGGGCAGUAAAAACAGAAGGAUCAAAUGUCUGUCUAUGGGAGACAGAAGCCCCAAAAGUUCUCAAAAAGCAAGACAGUUCUCGCACAGGCAUUUGUCCAUGGGAGACAGAAGACAAUAAGGUUGCAAAAAAGCAAGACAGCAUGAGAGAAGAUGUUUGUCCCUGGGAAACAGACGAACCAAACGUUCUCAAAAAACAAGAUAGUGCACGGGCAGAUGUGUGCAUUUGUCCAUGGGAGACAGAAGACAAUAAGGUUGCAAAAAAGCAAGACAGCAUGAGAGAAGAUGUUUGUCCCUGGGAAACAGACGAACCCAACGUUCUCAAAAAGCAAGAUAGUGCACGGGCAGAUGUGUGUCCAUGGGAAUCCGACGAACCCAACGUUCUCAAAAAGCAGGAUAGUGCACGGGCAGAUGUUUGUCCAUGGGAAACAGAAGAACCUAAAGUCCUCAAAAAGCAAGAUAGCACUCCGGCAGAUGUUUGUCCCUGGGAAACAGAAGAGCCGGAAAUUGUCAGAGAGCGAGAUAAUGCUACAGCUAACAUUUGUUCAGACGACGUCGCAGACUUCCAGGAGGAAGUAAGUGUAGAAGUUACUCAAGCCAUCAUUAGCACAGAACAGAUGGAUGAGUCUAAAGCAAAUUUAGGCAGGCGUGAUGCUUUGUGUCCCUGGGAGAUGGUGAGGAGCAGAUCUGGUUCAUUCACAGACAAUGUCUCAGAUGUUUUUACAUGGGAGCCUGAGAAUAUUCCAGAGGAAGAUGAAGAGGAUGAUGCAGAAUGUGCUGCUGAGGCGCUUGUGUUCCCACCGGACUUGUAACCUAAACCUUGCCAGCAUUUACAUUCACACUAUUACCACAAAUUCAAUCGCAGUGUGACCUCUAUAAAAAAACAUUUUUAAUUUGUACUCUACUGAUAGUCAGCGGGAGCUUUGUUUAAAACUGCCCAAGCUCUCCUUGGACAUCAGAGUUUAGGGUCAGCUUCCCCUCCUGCAGCUGGGAAAGAUGAACACUUGUGCAGUUAUUUUCAGGUUGAACUUAUUCAGGCCACAGUACUGUCCACCCAAGAGGCCUGAAGCAGAGACUUGAUGAGGUGGACACAAGUCGUAGAAACCUGACUGAAUAAAAGUCUUUCUUGUUACUGA